CUACGAUUUCGCUGUCGCGUUCCGCGGGAUGCCGACGAGCUGCGUGGCCUUUGGCUGCCGGAGUUGGCACCGGCCAGGAGACAAGAAAAGCUAUUUUCGAUUCCCUUCGAAGAAACUGUUCCCUCAUCGAAGAGCGGCCUGGAUCCGAGCAGUGAAGCGAGUGCUCCCGUCAGACCCAAACAAGGCUUGGGAGCCAAGUAAGGAGUCGCGAAUAUGCGAGGAUCACUUCGUAACAGGGGAACCAUCACUGGACAACAGCCACCCUGACUACGUGCCGACUGUAUUCACUUACGUGAAGAACCGGCCGUCGGUCCUCGGCCGCUACGAACGGUGGAAACAUCGUUUGUCGACGGGGGCUGCUGUCAAAAAAAGGAUUGUGGCCCAAAUAACCGCUCCAGUUCCUGCAAGCACUCAACAUGGGGCACCUCAGCCAGCAGCCGGUUCUUCUCCAGCUGCAGCCCGACCUUCCACAGCUGCAGCCAGACCUUCCACAGCUGCAGCCGGACUUUCCACAGCUGCAGCCAGACCUUCCCCAGCUGCAGCCGGACCUUCCGCAGCAGCAGCCAGACCUUCUGCGGCUGCAGCCAGACCUUCCGCGUCUGCAGCACGACCGUCUGCAGCUGCAGUCAGACCUUCUGCGGCUGCAGCCAGACCUUCCGCAGCUGCAGCUAGACCUUCUGCGGCUGCUGCCGGACCUUCCGCGGCUGCAACCAGACCUUGCGUAGCUGCGGCUCGACCUUCAGCUACAGCCGGGCCUUCGACAGCAGCAGCAGCUGGGCCUUCCAGAGCAGCAAUCCAACUUGUGGCACAAGCAAGAGCAUCCCUGGUCGUUGAUCCCCUUACAGGAGAGACCAGCAUCCCGGAACAUUGUCCGCCCCUCCUGGACAAUGGGCAUGGAGCCCAGACAAGCACUCCAUGUGUCCAGCAAACCAUCGAAGAGAUCGAGCACGAGGACAAUCUUGGUCAGUCCGUGAUGUCUGGGACGCAUGACGGGUGCAGACUCAAGAUUGCACAGAUGCAGCAGCGGAUCUUGAGUUUGGAAGCUGACAACAUGCGCCUCCAAGUGGAGCUACAGCACCACGAGACACGGCGGCUAUCGGUUGAUUUCAUCAGACAUGACCCCAAGCAGUGCAUUUAUUACACUGGGCUGCCCGAGUUUGCUGUAUUUGAAGCAGUAUACGAUUUUUUUGCACCUCGGGCAUCCCAGAUGCAAUACUGGUCGAGCGGUCGAAAGAGUAGCGGGAUGAAAGGCCGCCCCCGGGAGUUGGAGCUCAUUGAGGAAUUCUUCAUGGUACUUACUAGGCUGAGAACGGGAAUGGCUGGCAGGGAAAUGGCCCGCAAUUUUGGAGUACAUGAAGCGACGAAAGCCGCAAGAGCCGCAAAUGCCAGAGGAGGACGUUGCACACUCCCGCCGGGUGGCUAG